AUGCGAAUCUUUAACACUUCGGUUCUGAUUGGCAGCGCAUGUAUGAAAUCCUGCCUGAAUUUGGCCAACCGCCGCUCGAUACCGACGAACGCCUACCCCGGAAUUUUCGCAUCGGUACGAGCACAGUUCAAGGAGUGGCUCCCAAAGGUAAAGGCGAUGGAACCUGAUGUGUGGAAGAAGGAUCCGCAUCGUUUUGUUGAGCUCAACGCGGCUGGCCUCCUCCGGAGGGUAGCAACAAAACACGUUCUUCUCGCGGAUCGGGAGGCUUUCGAGACGGAUCGCUUACGCCUGAUAUACCUAGAUAGGAAGCGCAAUAUCAUCUGGAAGACGUGCGUGGACGCCGAUGAACAGACUAUUACAGACAUUAUCAUGUCCUGGUUUGAGCUGGCGGACCCUCUGGAGAUGCAGGAAGGUACUACAGGUGAAAGGUACCGUGUUACCGGUGAUUUGGGGAGAGAAUGA